AUGGAGCCCCAGAAAGCAAUCUACAAGAAAGAAGCAUCGACCAGCGCUGAAAUUUGGAAACAGUUGGACCAAGUGGUAAUUCCCAUUAGAACCAAAGUGGAAGGCAACGAUGAUCAAGAUCCUGUUCGCAUUUUCAGCGAGUUCAAGCCAAAUCUCUACCCUUUGAAUUAUGAAAACGAAAUCAAAAUUCAGACCUAUGUGGAACGGCUGGUGAUGGAUGCCAUUGCGUGCAUGGGCUGCACCAACAAGCUCCAGACCAAUCUGGAGAUUUCAUUCUACGGCGUCACUCCUGACAUUAUCCUUGUCUUCCAUCGACGAAAGAUCAUUUUUGUCAUUGAGGUGAAAUCUCCAAGCGUCGAGGCCUUUGGGCCAUUGCACCUUCAACAAGAUUCGACUUGUGUCUUUGAAACCGAUGGACCAUCAUCGUUUCGAAGAAGCCUUGGGCAUGCUGAAAGAAACUGUGGCAACACCUUGGAACCAGAACAGCAACCGACGAAAGACGAGCAGCAGCACAGCCCCGACCCAGAGAGGAAAAGGGCAUCCGAGAAAAGCUUAAGGUUUGACAAAAAACAACCUGCCACAUCGUUUGAGCCCGAUGCCAAGGAUGGAGUGAAAAUCUUCAAGGCGUUCUUGUAUGGUAGCGUCACGGCAGAGGAGGGCAACGUCUUUCGGAUGUUGUUACUUGGCUUAAUGACUGCGAAAAUCGAGGCAGGCAUCGGUCUGCGGUUUGCGAUGACAGACGAUAAGCUCAAGGUGAAAAAUGAGUUUCCCCAUCCGAACACCAAGAAUUUUUUCUUGCUGGACACAAUUGGCUCCGGAGGAACUGGAGACGUCUCAUUGGCUGUUUCCUUGAACGGGGCCCGUGCGGCAGUCAAGUUUUACCGAUUCAAGCCAUCGGAGCGGCAACCCCAGAUGAACGAGCAAGGACGAUGA